GAGACGCCAGCAGUAUGGCCAACAGUUGUUCGUCGACAUCCAAUCGGUGCAUACAAAUCUGAAUCCUACCCGAGAAAUUCCCCCACUCAAAGGCAAUACAAUGAACUCCAUCACUUUGCUCGCCAUUGUGGCUGCCUCCUGCCUGGUGGCAAUGUGCGCUGGCGAUGUCUCCCACUUGUCGCGCAGCUACUUGCCGCCGCAGAGCAUCGGCUACAAUGGCGGAUACAGUGGGGGCUACACGGGCUACAACUCGGGCGGCUACUCCGCAUAUCCAAGGUACUCGAACGGCGGCGGCUACUACUCUGGCGCCGGCGCCGGCUCAAGCUAUGCUUCACCGCUCAUCUCGUCCAGCUACAGGAGCUAUGUGGUGCCACAGUAUACAGCCGGCUAUGCAGCGCCCUCGAGCACCUAUCUGCCGGCGGACACUGGCUACUCCGGCUACAAUGGCCUGGACACCAAAUACGCCAGCAACGGUGGCUACGUCUACUAGUCGGACUGGG